CGUCGAAUGGGCGCUGGAACUCCAGCAAGUAGUGAUGAUGUUGUGAGUCUACAUGCCGCCGAUGCCUCUGUGAGACUUAUCUUCAACACAGGAUCACCUGGGAGAGCUCACCACGCAUGGAGUUGAGCUCGGACCGUGUGGUGGCAACACUUGAGAUGUCGCAGGUCAAAAGCAAAGACGACGAGCCGUUUAAUAGUGAUGGUGACUACGAGAGCUUGCCACCUCAUGUCUCAGUGACGACCCACAUGACAGCAGGAGCCGUGGCUGGCAUUCUGGAGCACACGGUGAUGUACCCCGUGGACUCUGUCAAGACGAGGAUGCAGAGCCUGCAGCCGGACCCGAACGCACAGUACAAGAGUGUGUAUGAAGCACUGAAAAGGAUCAUCCGGACAGAGGGGAUCUUCAGACCAUUUAGAGGCCUCAACAUCACCAUGUUGGGAGCAGGACCUGCACAUGCACUCUACUUCGCCUGCUACGAACGCGUCAAACGCUCUUUAAGUGAAGUCAUUCAGAGUGGAGGCAACAGCCAUUUAGCCAAUGGGAUGGCAGGUAGUCUGGCCACUGUUCUCCAUGAUGCAGUUAUGAAUCCGGCUGAAGUGGUGAAGCAAAGAAUGCAGAUGUACAACUCUCCUUAUCGGGGUCUUUUGGACUGCGUUCGAACAGUAACGCGUACGGAGGGCGUCGGGGCCUUUUAUCGCAGCUACAGCACACAGCUGACCAUGAACAUCCCCUUUCAGGCUGUCCACUUCAUCACGUACGAGCUGAUGCAGGAACAGUUAAACCCGCACAGACACUACCAUCCUGGCACCCACAUAGUGUCAGGAGCAGCAGCGGGAGCUGUUUCUGCAGCCGUUACCACUCCUCUCGAUGUUUGUAAGACGCUGCUCAACACACAAGAGAACGUAGCGCUCAAUUCUGUAAACAUUAGUGGCCACUUGACGGGGAUGGCUAACGCCUUCAGGACAGUGUACCGUCUUGGUGGCUUGCCAGCCUUCUUCAAAGGGGUCCAAGCUCGCAUUAUAUACCAGAUGCCCUCCACCGCCAUAGCCUGGUCAGUGUAUGAGUUCUUUAAGUACUUUCUGACAAAGCAGCACCUUGAGCAAGAGGCAGGACCUGGCCCAUUGUAACAGGAAGUGUAACGGAGCAGCCCACGCCUUGACUGGAAAGGACAGAAACACAGAAAGAAGACUCCAACAUGAGGAAAUGCCAUGUGUUAUUACCUCACAAGGAAGUCUCGGUGGUGGAGGUGUGCCAGAAUGCCUUUCCAUGUGUUAGCCUGGUUCGGUUUUCAACGUAGGAUGACGUGGCAAGGUUACACCACAAAGGUGACAAUUCAUAAAGAGAUGUUGAAGAGUUGGUGUGUCAUAUUCUUCCUCCUCCAACAAACCAGCCAACAGCACUUCAAAUCCUUUUCUACAUCUGGUAACCAGUACAGUGAGUCGCCUCAGAUAAUGUUUAUAGUUCUUAAUAUUGGAACUUUCUAUUUAUUUUGUUAGCUUUCCAAGGCUUGUAUUUUAUGAAUGCGGAUGCUGUUUGCUUGUUUUAUUUCACUGUGUAUUUAUAAAGAACUAUUAACACACAUUCCUAUCACUCCACAGCCAUCAGAAUAGUUGCACUUUUCAUGUGCCUCAUGAAUAUUAAAUGUGGCUUCACCUUUUUUUUUUUGUUUAACCCCCCCACCCCCCUCAAGUCCAGGUUUUUUUUAAAAUAGGUGUACCAAUGUUCUGUUACAACAUCAGAUCUUGAAGUAGCUCUGUUUGUUAUUCGUCACAUCUAAACUGGAUUGCGUUUUACUUUUUCUACUCAUUAUUUCUUCACUUUAUUUCAAUUUAAACACAUAGCACCAUGUUUUAUCUCCUCCCUGAGUGUAGACUUUCAGCAUAAAGUGUUUAGGACAUACAGUCCUGUGUUUUGCCUUGAUAUAAUGCAGCACUACAACACCUUUUUAAUCACGCACAAUAAUAGUUUGACUUACUUUAUACUUGUUGCAGAAAGAAGGCAGCUUGAUUCUACAUAUUCCAAAAGAUAAAGUCAUAUUUUUGUGGGUCACUAUUUCGUCACUAACUCCAUUAUGCAGGGAGACCAAAUGAGACUUUGGGUGGUCUCAGCCUUCACACACACAUUAGUACUGGUGUUAGAUCUAGAGUCUGAGUCACCUGUUGUGAUAAUGUGUGUCAUACAUGCUGUGAACCUGAAGGUAGUAGAUUGUACAUUAAAUACAUUGAAGGACGUAUGUUUGACUGAAAUCUUCAGACUGUAACCUAAUUUGAAGUACUUUCAGCUGACUGACCGAUGCCAUCCAGCGCUCUUUGUUACUGCGAUCACGUCAGCCGUCAAGCAGGCAGUGGUGUUUCUCUUUUUUUCACUCGUCCUGUUGUAUUUACACGUUUCCUGUGUGCGCACUGCUCUUUCCAGCCUUUUGACUAUUUCCCACUGGGUUGUUGAGGCAUUCCUGCAGAUAUUGAUGUAAUCCCUGCAAGAAGCCGGAUUUAUUUAUUUUCAAUUAUGCCUUUUUUUUUUUUUUUUUUUUUUUGUAUCUCUGGUAAAGUUCAGAGAGUUCGUCUGCUCCCACCCCUCCCCCUUCCCCACUGUCCCCAAUAUACCAAAGACAUGCUCUGUAUUCUAUGCACCUUGCUUUUAUCCUGUAAUCACAAUGCUAUGUGCCUGUUUCCAGACCAGUUAACAGCUCUCAUUUAGUUAUUGAGCCUUUUGUGUGGAGCCGCGAUGCAUCUAAAAACUUUUUUUUUUCAGUCAAGCAAUAGGUGAAGAGUGCAACACAUGCUCUUCCAACACAUUUCAUUUACAACUUAAAUACUUGAGUUAUAUGUAUGUGGAAUAAUACGUAGAUGCAAAAACAAAAUCAAAUUCUGCUUUCUGGAUGUUUGGAAUUGUUA